CUUUAUACCGAAACAUCACUAGUGCAGUUAUGAUGCUGAAAAUACGCAUCAUAUUUGUCCACUUACUUGGGAGUAUCGUCGUAGCCAGUCCAAUUUUCAAUGAGGGUGGAAAAAUGUGCGACAGCGAGCGAUGCAAACAAAGUGCGGAAAUAAUCAAAGGCCUCAUUAAUAAAGAGGCAGAUCCUUGCAACAACUUUUACAAUUACGUGUGUGGUAGCUGGGCGGCCAACUACCCAAUUCCAGAUGGAGUUGAUGUUUGGAAUUCCGAAAAAAUCGUGGAAAAUAACGUUAAAUUCGAGGUGAAAGAUAUAUUAGAAGGAGAUGACGAGGAGGACAGCGACAACUUCCUUCCUUUAAAGUACGAAAGAUUGUGGUACAGAUCAUGCAUGGAUUUGGACCAAAUCGAAGAGGAUGGUAUGCAAGUACUGAAAACGCUGCUUGGCUUCUUUGGAGGUUGGCCAAUCGCCAUGAACGUUAGUGAGUGGGGUGACGAGGACCACGAUUGGCAAGGCAUUCACGAGUACUACUCUGGGUUCAAGGAUCUGUCACCGAUAUUUGAUAUUGUGGUGGCACCCGAUGACAGAAACGCAAGUCAAAACGUUAUCAACUUAAAUAAGCCUACCGAAACGCUGUACGAUCACCUGCUGGAAAACGAAGGUGAAGAUGGUGCCAAGCAAAAGUACCUGGAAUUUAUCAAGGGGGUCGUUUCGGCACUCACCGUGGACCAUAGCCUCUCGGAUGAAGAUGUCACGAAGGAUGCUGAGAAUAUUUUGGUGUUCGAAAGGAGCUUGCAUCAGAUUAAAAUAACUGCAAACAAAAGCGAAAACCUGGAGCCUUCUCGUACUUAUAUGAGCAUAAAAGAUUUACAAGGUUUUUACGACAAGGAGGCCCAGACAAGCCCAACAGCCAGUAUUGACUGGCUAAAAGUGAUUUCAGUUGUCUUCGAGGACCUUGAAAAUAUUACCUUAAAUGAUUCAGAGGAUAUAGGAAUCGAGGAUAUCUCUUACUUCCAUCAACUAGCUCAAUUACUUAACGAAACUCCAAACCGAGUGAUAGUUAACUACGUCCAUUGGAAGUUUGUGGCAUCGUCGAUUAAGUACACAAAUAAGGUAAUGCGUGAUUUGUACUUCCAAGCUAUAACGAAGGAAGGUGACUUUGAGAAAACCAUUGAAAGGUGGGAAGAAUGUAUUGCAGACAUGAAGUUGGGCAUUGGCUACAGGUACGAGUACGUCAGUCGGCACCUAUCUGAAGAGACGAAAAAAAUGGUAACGGAUAUAGCCAGCGACAUGCGGGGAGAAAUGCUCGACGAGGUGGGACGCUCAAGUUGGUUGGACGACGAAACCAAGGAACAAGCAAUGGUGAAGCUUCACUCUCUCAAGUGGCAUAUCGGAGUUUCCAACUUCUACCUUAAACGGGAAUUUAUUGAACAUAUUUAUGAUGGAUUUAUGAUAACGUCGAACUAUUUGGAAAACGAGCUCAACGCUCGUGAAUUUUUAGCUGAUCGUAAUCUAAAGCGUCUUAGGCAUCAUCAAAUUUACAGCCACGUUAAAAUUGAUCCUCUGGAAGCCAAAACUUCGUAUGAUUCUUCUCGAAAUAUGCUUGUCGUGACUGCGGCUCAGUUAUCCGUUCCUUGGUUGCACUCAUCUUUACCUCCCUCAGUGAAUUAUGGAUACCUGGCUCCUAGUAUGGGCCAAUUGAUGUCACGGACAAUGGAAAAAGAAGUUAACACAAGUACAUACAUCCCUCCAUGGUCCAAGUAUAAUGGUGACAUGUACAAAACAUAUGACUCUAAGACCGACUGCUUGACCAAACAGUACUACAACUACUCAGUUGGACCAUCGACCACGGACGAGAAUAUGUACGAUGCAAUUGGACUGAAAGUGGCCUACCACGCUUUUCAAAACAGUUUUGGAUAUGAAAGUGUCGAGAAACUACCAAACUUAGAGGACUUCAGCAACGACCAGCUAUUUUUUAUCUCUUUUGCACUCAAAUAUUGUCAAACUGAGACAGAAAAAUACCUAACGGAGCACCCUUCCACGUUUUACACGCCAAACAAGUACAGAGUCGUAGGAACGCUGUCGAAUUUUCAAGAUUUCUCCGAUGCCUUCAAGUGUCCUCUGAACAGCCCAAUGAACCCUGAAAACAAAUGUAUCGUAUAAAGUUAGAAAAAGAUUAUAAUAAAACCGCGUGUAAAAUGACUGAGUACGCUAAUUGCAUACUUUCAAUAAAACAAUGAUUUUGUGUGCUAACACUCGUUAGUUCAUAAAAAAUUAAAAAUUUUACUUUGUUAUUCUCGAACACUAAGUAUUAAGACAGUUAUUUUGAACCCCAAUUCGUGAAUUCAUGCUUUUAGAGCCAAAAAACUAUUAUUAGUGCUUGUAAUGAUUACUCUCACUUUCAACGGUACGUGAUACAUACAUACACGUGCGCGCAACUAUUAU